GGUGUAGGAGGAGCUGCAAACCAAGCCUCCGGCGCACUUGCGUAGUAGGUGGACGCGGGCGUUUCUUUCCUCCCUUUUUUUUCGAAUUGGUCGUGAGGGGUAGAUUCGAGUUACAAAAUGGCGGUGUGGGGCGUGUGGGCUACCGUUCUCCCAACUGUCUCCUGCUGAACGGACGGCUCACCCCCUCACUGCCCAACGCAGGGAGACGAGGUCCCCGAGGGAUAUGGUGUUUGAGUCUCAGGGCUUGCCGACCACCGAAUCCUUCGAGGCUUUCAGCGCACCGGAAGCGACCGGGCGCCGCUUCAGACCCGAGUGCCGCGGCCGCGACCCCCCGCCUGCUCGCCGCUACGCACCCGGGCUUCGCCGCACCCACAACCCAGCGAGGGCCGCGGCUGCCGCCGGCGAGGUUCGAAAAAAUGGCCAAAAGAAUUGCCGAGAAGGAAUUGACGGAUAGGAAUUGGGAUCAAGAAGAAGAAGCAGAAGAGGUGGGAACAUUCUCGGUGGCCAGUGAGGAAGUCUUGAAGAAUAGAGCCAUAAAGAAAGCAAAGCGUAGAAAUGUUGGAUUUGAAUCUGAUAGUGGAGGGGCCUUUAAAGAUUUUAAAGGUUUGGUUGUACCUUCUGGAGGAGGAGGAUUUUCUGGAUUUGGUAAUGGCGCUGGAGGGAAGCCUUUGGAAGGACUGUCAAACGGAAACAGCAUAACUAGCGGCCCUCCCUUCUCCAGUGCAAGGCCAGCGACCGAGACCAAGGCCACCUUUGGGUCUGUUGCUGUAAAUGGCCCUACCUCCUUGGUCGAUAAAAAGAUUUCAAAUCCCAAAACUAAUGGCGACAGUCAGCAGCCUGCCUCCUCUGGCCUUACCUCCAGUGCCGCCUGCCCCAGGAAUGCCUAUCAUAAGCAGUUGGCGGCCUUAAACUGCUCUGUUCGGGAUUGGAUUGUGAAGCACGUGAAUACAAACCCGCUCUGUGAUCUGACACCUAUCUUUAAAGACUAUGAGAAAUACUUAGCAAGCAUCGAACAGCAACAUGGGAACAGUGGCAGCAGUAAUUCUGAAGGUGAAACCAAGAAAAUAUCAGCUGAAACACAGCCUCCUUCCCUGUUUGGUUCAACAGAAUUACAGCAAGAGUCAACAUUUUUGUUUCAUGGCAACAAAACUGAGGAUACAUCUGAAAAGAAGGUGGAGGCUGUGUCUGAAAAGAACAAGGACCCGUCACUAGGAGCAACAAGUGCCUCGUUUAAUUUCGGCAAGAAAAUUGAUAGUUCUGUUUUGGGCUCCUUAAACUCUGGCCCCUUGACUGGAUUUUCAUUUUCUUCUGGAAACUCCAGUUUAUUUGGCAAAGAUAUUACCCAGAGUAAACCAGUGUCUUCACCAUUUCCCACUGAAACGUUGGAGAGCCAAGCAGAAGGUGGCGGCAGCGACCGCAAAGGUGGAGACGAAGAAGAGAAUGAUGAGCCACCCAAAGUAGUAGUUACUGAAGUAAAAGAAGAAGAUGCUUUUUACUCCAAAAAGUGUAAACUAUUUUACAAGAAAGACAAUGAAUUUAAAGAGAAGGGUGUAGGCACUCUGCAUUUAAAACCUACAGCUAAUCGGAAGACACAGCUUUUAGUGCGGGCAGACACCAAUUUAGGCAACAUACUGCUCAAUGUUCUGAUUCCACCCAAUAUGCCGUGUACUCGCACAGGGAAAAACAAUGUGCUUAUUGUCUGCGUUCCAAACCCACCCAUUGAUGAGAAGAACGCCACCACCCCAGUUACCAUGUUAAUUCGGGUAAAAACAAGCGAGGAUGCAGAUGAGCUGCACAGAAUUUUACAGGAGAAAAAGGCUGCCUGAACACACUUCGGCUGAGGAGUUGUGGCCAAGUUGCUGCUUCCCCACCGCCCCCUUAUCUUAGUUUUCAUCUCUUCCUACUUUGACAUUCUAGGACUUAGAGAUAACUUAAAACUUUUGUGAGGAAGAUUAAUAUGGCCAAUAAAACCUUUAACGUU